AUCACUUACGUGUUUGGGACCUCUCAGCAGACAAAACCAAAAUGCGGAGCAGGAGUGUAUCUCUUGUUUUGUGUUUGUUAAUUUCAGGUUCCGUUUCGUAUUAUACGACUUGCAAAGAUGGUUGGAUUGCAUUCAACGGUUCCUGCUACCUGUUCCGAGCGGAAGAAAUGUCAUUUACAGAAGCUGAACAUUUUUGUCAACAACACGAACACAGUAAUCUUGUUCAUGUAGACGAUAACAUAGAAAACAGUUUUUUAAAAGACAGAAUGCGCCUUUCCAAAGAUCAUUAUUGGUGGAUGGGACUAACGGAUGGGGAUAUGGAAGGAGUCUGGCAAUGGUACGACACGGAUGAGAGGCCCACAUUUACAGACUUUAUGCCUGGCGAUGCAGGAAACCACAACGCAGAGGACUGUGCAGUGUUUUGCUCGGAUUAUGAUUAUCGUUGGGCCGAUUAUGCCUGCUCCAUCAAAAACUCUCCGCUAUGUGAAGCUAGAGGGCACGAAUGUGGAGCAAGUAUCGUCGGAUGAUCGACGUGCGCUGAAAUCGACACUCCGGAGUCUUUUGUAAAAAACUGUAUGUCGCAUUGUUAGUUCGUUUCACUCGUAAUCCGGAAAAUACAAUUUUAUAUUCGUC